UUAUAAAAAUGGCGGGCGUCGACAGUCGGUCAGUCGGUGUAACGGCGUGAAGUGUUGUGCGUCAUUGCAAACGGUUUUGUUAUUGUUUUUAGUGUUCUUUUUUCACUGUUUUAUUGUAAAAAGACUUCACAAUGAACGCGCCACCCACCUUUGAGUCAUUUUUGUUGUACGAUGGAGAAAAAAAGAUUAUCAAAGAGCAGGACACGAAGGUGCCUAACGCCGCGAUAUUCACAGUUAACAAGGAGGAUCACACCCUGGGAAACAUGAUCAGGAAUCAGUUAUUGAAGGACCCACACGUUCUCUUUGCUGGUUACAAAGUGCCUCACCCCCUGGAGCACAAGUUUGUCAUCAGAAUCCAGACAACCUCAGACUACACUCCACACGAGGCAUUCAUGCACGCAAUAACUGAUCUUAUAGCUGAAUUGUCGCUCUUCGAGGAGAGAUUCAAAGACGCGAUAAAGGAGAAGAAGGAAGGUUUAGAUUAAUCCCAGACGCCCGUAUUGUGCAACUUCGAUUUCCAAAAUUCACCAACGAACCUCAGCGUGCAAGGAGCUUGAUAACAGAUAUUUAUAUACACGUAAGUCAUAAUAAAUAUUAAAUAGAUCGGUCUUACUUCUAUUUACACGAUUUAAUCAACUUUAUAGAAUUGAGAAAAUAGGCAAGCCAACGAUUUUUCCCUCUCAAUUCCUGGAGAGAUAAUUAAAUUAACUACAGUCUCUGAAAAAACGAUUGUUAAUGCACAACAGCGACGGAAAUUAGUCGGGAAGACACUGGGAUAAUGUUUAUGGGAUAAUCUAACGCGAUAUAAAAAUAUACUUUGAAAAUUUCAACGUAUUUUCGGAUUUAGUAAUUGAAUUUUUUUGCGACUAUCAGCUGACAAGCAAAGCUCGAUUUCAAGUUUCGGUGGUCGACGAUCAAAAGGUCUCGGCGUCAUCACAAUCGGUUGUGUCGUGCCCGAACACUAAAAAAGAAAACGUUCGUGUCGAUUAGAAUUUUUAUGUCGGAAAUUUUAUCUUGAAUGUGAGCGGACAGCACACCAAUAACUCACCCUCGCAAUGCUCGCAGUACGGCCUCUGCACUGUCCCCUUCACAGGCGUCAAUUUCACUGGCUUCUCCGGUUCGAAGUCCUGGGCCUGCUUGGGGCAGUCCUCAGUCUCGUGCCGAUCAAACUCAUCGCAAAUAUCACAGAACAUCCUCGGGGAGGAGACCUUCGCCAGGGUCUCCCUCGAGUACUCGUCAGCCUCGCUGGCAGGCACACCCAUCUCCAGGACUUCGAUUUUCAGCUUGAGACUCUCGUUUUUCCUUUGCAUGUCGACUAUCACUGAGUUGAGGAAAUCUAUUUGACCCUUGAACGUUUCGUUGUCCUCCAGGAUCUCCUUCAUGUUCUUCGCCUCCCCAUUGCUCUGGAUCUUCUCCCCAAGACCUCCCAAAUUAUUGUUAGAAUUCUCCUUCAGAGUCUUCAUCUCCCCCAGAACCUCCGAGAGUCUAGAGUUCAUCUCUAAGUUUUUCUUUUCCAGAUUAUGUUUUUCCAUGAGCAACUCUGAGUUCUUCUCCUCAAGUUUUUUGCUUCUAGAAUUUAAUUCUGCGUUUUUCUCCUCAAGUUUUUGACUCCUCGUAUUUAAUUCCGAGGUUUUCUCGAGCUUUUUCGAUUCGAGAUCUUGAAUUCUAGCUUCGGAGCUCGUGAUUGACUUCUUCAGGGUCUCGUUCUCCUCUAGAAUAGAUUUCAGAUUAAGUUCGGCAAGUUCAGAGGUCUUCUUGAAUGCGUUGAGCUCCUUGUUUGCUUUUGAGAGGUUCUCUGAGCUUUCUUCCAACCUUUGGGAGAAUUCCAGUUUCAGAUUCUUAAUUGACUCAGACUCCGAUGAUUUCAACGUCUCCAUUACACUCACCAACUCGUCAAUCAUUUUAGAUUUCAUGUCUAGGGUGUUCUGCAUCUCCUCGUUUACGGUUUCACUUUUCUUGAGCUUUUCCUCAAGCCCUGAUUUCUCUUCUAGAAUUUUCUCGACAUUCGCUUCAACUCUGGACUUUUCGGAACUCAAUGUCUUGAUUUCUUCUGCUGUAGUGGAUAAUUCCAAGAUUUUCUUCGAGAGUUCAGAAUUUUCUUCAGUUUUCAGGGAUAGUUCUUCCUCUAAUUCAUUUAAUUUGUGAGCAGUUGAGUCGAACAAAAUUAAUUGAGCCUUAAGCGAGGUAACUUCUGAGUUUAGUUCCUCGAUUUUUUCCUGAGAAAUUUUGUAGUUGUUUUGAGUAGUUUCAAGGGCUUCUGCUGCUUGUGAUAGAUCAGAAUUUAAACCCUCGGUUUUCCUGAGCAUUUUCGUGAGCUUUUCCGAGCCUUCCUUCACUGAUUUCAACUUUGAGUUCAGCGAAAUUAUUUCAUUGUUUAAUUCCUGGAUCUUAUCCAAGGAUUUCUGUUGUUCCUGGGAUACGGCUUCCAAGGAUGACGAGAGACUCGAGGAUUCGGAAGUUUUUUCAUCAACUUUUACGAUUAAUUCUCGAAUUUUAUCAUUCAAUUCUUCGAUCUUUGAUUUCAGAUUUUCCUCGGAAUUUCGCAAUUCCACGUUCGAGGACUCUAAUUGCGUGGAAAUUUCCAGAUUCUUUUCGAGAGUUUGGGUUUUCCUCUGCAGGUCUGAUAUGGUCUUGACAAGGUGCUCAUUCUCACCAGUCAAUUUUGCGGCAUUUUGUUCGGAAUUUUCGAUUUUAUUAGUCAAUUCUUCGAUCUUUGAAUUUUUGGAGUUGAUUUCAUCGACCAAUUUUGAGGAACUUUCAGAGCUUUUCUGCAAUUCUUCGUGAAUAAGUUUCAGAUUGCCUUCGGCUUCCUUCAAUUUUUCCUGGAGCUCUCGGGAAUUUUUCUCGCUUUCCCGCAAUUUUAUUUCGAUUUUCUGAAGAUUUUCCUCGACUUCAUCAAGUUUUGCGGACUUUGCUUCGCUCUCCUUCAGGUUAUCCUGAAUUUGCUGGAGUUCAUCCUCCUUUUCCUUGAGUUUUCCGCUCAAGGUUUCACGAAUGUUCUCAUUAUCCUUCAAUUGUUCCUCGAGUUUUGCCAAAUUUGUCGCGUUCUCCUUCAAUUGUGCCACCAAAUUCCUCUCAUUCUCCUCACUUUUGCCUAAUUUUUCUUGGAUUUUCCCUAUAUUCUCCAUAUUAUCCCUCAAAUUUCCUGAUAAACUUUCCACCGAAUUUUCCAGCUCAAAAAUUUUCUCCUUCAAGUUGCCAUUUUCCUUUUCUUUCAAUCUCAACUCUUCAUUGUACUGUUUCAACUGCUCGGAAGAUCCUUCACAGCUCGAAAUAACCCCCGAGAUCUCCCCCUCCAGCUUGCCUUUUUCCGCGAUCAAUUCCUGGAUUUUCUCAUCCGAAAAUUUCACCCUUUUAUUCAACUCCGAAAUUGUUGACUCAUGCAUUUUCAUUUCACUCUCCAAAUUCGUCUUCGUCUGUUCAAAAAUCGUGAUAUUAUCCCUCAGCUCAGCCAUCGUUUCAGUCAUGCUAUUAAUUUCCCCGAUUUUUUCACUCAACUCAGACUUCAGAGAAUUAAUUUCCUGAUUCAAACUCGAGAAUUUCCCGGAAUUACUUUUCACCUCUUCAACCAAUUUCCUAUUAUCCUCUCCUUGAUCUUCCAACAAUUUUCCCACUCGCUCCAACUCGAUGAUCUUCUCAUCUCGAUUGUUGGAAACUGCGGAAAAUUUAUCGUUCAAUUCUGCAAUUAAUUGAGAGGUUUCCUCCAAUUUUCCGUUCUUCCCAGUCAACUCAAUCUUCAAAUUGUUCAUUUCGAUUCCUAAGUUUUCCAAUAAUUUUUCCAAUUCUGAAUUCUUCUGAAGAAGUUUCCCCGAAUUUUCUUUCUCCUGAUCUAUCGUUUGUAACUUUUCAUUCACAAUUUUCUCGAACUCCUCGAUUUUCCUCGAUUUUUCCACGGAAAGCUUGUCUUUUUCCUCGAGUAACUGCUCCACCUGUAAUUUCUGGCUCAUCAGGUCCUCAAUUUUCUGGGAAUUUGACACCGACAGAUUUUCAUUCUCUUCAAGCAACUUUUUCAACUCGAUUUUCUGUGCUUCUGCAGAGUUUGAAUUUUCCUUCGUUAGAGUCUCGAUAAUCUGCUUCAGUUUUUCUAUUUCCUGAGCCAGUGCCUGGGUCUUCGCAGCACUUUCAUCCGUUAUCUUCGAGAUUAUGGCGUUCUUUUCUUCCACCGUUUUGCUCAAAUUUUCCGAGAGCUUUUCGAUGUGGGACUCCUCUAUCUCCUCUCUGUUUUUUAGCUUCUGUUGUAGUUCCGAAAUCUGCGAGGAAAGCUCGGAAAUCAUGUUGUUUCGCUCCAACAUCUGAUUCUCCAGAGUGAUUUUUGCUUCCUUGAGACAUAGAUUCGUAUUUUCCACUUCUG